AUGGAGCGACCACCACCACAUUCAGCAGACGCUAUCCGCGCGAAACGUGUCGGCGGAAAGAAAGUUCCAAAGCAAUAUCGGAAAUACCACCAAAACGGAGGCAAGAACAAAGACCAGGACGAUCGCCAGAACAAGGAUUCAUCGUUGACCGGACUCGCGGAUUUGCUUGCCUGUCUCACUUCUAAGCGGGUGGACGGCCUAGGCGGCCAGGAAAGGAAGGACGACAUCGGAAGUGUGCAGGAAGACUGGGUACAGACAGAAGGACUCAUUGUUGCUUGA